AAGGCCGCUCGCUGUGUCCGACGCAGACUCUACAUGCGAGUCCUGCUGCUCACUCACAACGUGGCCGGCAUCUUUGACGACCCCGACGAGGCGCUCCGGCCGUGGGCUGACGGCCUCGCGGCGCUCGUGCAGCGGACGCGCGCCGACUUCAUCGCGCUGCACAUGCAGGAGGUCGGCGGGUCGCGCUGGAGGACGUGCGGCCUCGAUGGGGCAGCGGCGGUGGCGGGAGCGGUGGAGGCGGCCCUGCCCGACCACUGGUCGAGCGGCAUGAUGGUCCGCACCGACACGGCGGAGGACGGCUUUACCGCGCUCGGCUCAAUCUAUCUGGUUCGGCGCUCUGCGAUGCAGCUGGUGCGGCUCUGGCGGUGGAAGGAGGCGGAGGGCGCCGCGGGGGCGUUCGAGAGCCUGCGUGCCGCCGACGGCCCGCUCGUCCCGCAGCCGGGCCUCCCGCCCCGCCACUGCCGCCACGAGCGCUUCCCGCGCCACCUCUACGGCUCGACUUGGUCGCGCAAGGGGUACCUGCUCACGCGCUGGCAGCUCGGCGGCGGAGGCGGGGCGGUGCUCGACUUGGUCAACGUCCACAACUUUCACGACGAGAGCAACCUCGCCGCCCUGGCGGCAGGCGCCUCGACCUACGCGAGCUGCAGGCAGCAGGCGCUCUCCCUCGUCACCGCCGCCCUGCUCGGCUUGCGGGGCGGAGGGGCGGCGGGCGGAGGGGCGGCACCGGCACCGGCGAGCGCCGCGUUCCUCUUCGGCGACUUCAACUUCAGGCUCGACCUGGCCCACGCCGUCUCCCUGCUCUGUGGCGCGGAGGGGCUGCAGCGCGCGCGAGCCGUCGCCGCCGCCGACGCGACGCCCCUCCGCCUCGAGACCAGCGGCGGCGGCGGCGAGGGCGGCGAUGGCUACCUGCUGCUCGGCCCGAAGCAGUUCGAGCUCUCUCAGCCAAGCCUGCUCGCCCGCAAGCUGACAGAGCUGCGCGGGUCGGACCGCGAGCUCGCCGCCUUCUCCGCCUCGGCCGAGUGCGCCCUCCCCCUCGAGGAGCUCCCGCUCGCCUUCCCUCCCUCCUACGCCUACCGCGAGGGCAAGGGCGAUGGCACCCCGCCCGACGAGGCGGGCUGGUGCGACCUGCUCGCCUCCAAGCGCUGCCCGGCGUGGUGCGACCGCGUGCUGAUGGACCGCACCGGCGGAGCCCUCGUGGCCGCCUCCGCGGUGACGGCCGAGUACGGGCACGAGCCGCAGCCGCGCGUCCUCACCGACCACAACCAGGUCUACCUCGCCUUCAGCGUCGAGUCGAGGUGACGGCAAGCACUCGGGAGCUGCGGGCGAGACGGAGAGAGGAGGAAGGCAGGGCCAAGGGGCGGGGUGGACGGCCGACGGUGGUAAAGAGAGAAUCAUCAAAGAUCC